AUGGCGGAUGGUAAGGUAGAUGAAGAUAGUAAAAGAAAAAGUAAAGAGGAGCUAGACAUAUUUAGCAGGAGUAGGAAAGUGAACCGAACACCAGACAGGUCGAAUCCAUCAACGAAUGAAGCCAGCAGCAAUAACGAAAUGAUGGAACUAAUGAGACAACUAGUAAGCGACAAUAAAAAGAAAAACAAGGACCUAGAAGAUAUAAAAAAUACAAUGGGCAAUAUGACUGAGGAACUAAAAGAAAUUAGGAAGGAAAAUAGUGAAUACAAAUUGCAAAUGAAAGAAAUAAUAAGAGAAAAUGAAAAUCUAAAGCAAGAAAUGGCUACGAUGAAACAAAAGAUAGAUAAAAUAGAAAUAACCUUGGAAGCAUGUCAGAAAGAAAAGAAGAAAAUAACAAUAAUGAAGGCUUACCAAUAG